AGAAAUUCUCUUUGAAGCUUGCAUACUUACUAACAACUUCUUCCUCACACCCAGUACUUAGUUUCUACUGCGACUUUUUUCUACUGAAAAAUCAUCAGCCACGCUUAUAAUAUCCUACUCCAGUGGAUACACGCUAGGCUAAUCAGCCUAACCUCAAACAAAGCCGUCGUCCGCUGCACAUCACACCCAACAAAAUUUCCAUAUCUCUCCAGCAUAUCAUAUCUAUCCAGCAAAAAACGUAGCUCCCCGCGCGCGGGUUUCAACUUGCGCAAAGGCCUCUCUCAGCUCGUCACUCGACAAUCUACUCUAUAUCCCGGCGCGCUGACGGUCACAGUACUCCCCGCAGUCAUCCUCCAGCAACGGAGCAGUGCAGAGCUCGUCGUCAGGGCAGUUGGAUAAGUAGGGGGGGUAUAAAAGACAUCGCAGGCUUGCGAUAGGCGUAGUGCAGCUGCACUGGAAUUUUUCGCUGCGCCCACCACCACCACCACCACCACCACCACCAAAUAGUCUAUCUAUAACGUCGAAGCGUGCGAGGACCGCGCGCAGGACGACCAUCAUAGAGAGACAGCUGUGCUGUGCAGGCCAGUUGCGAGAGCUGGUGCGAUAUACUCUGCUCACACAACUGUGGUGCUAUAUUAUAGUGUCCUAGUGUGCGUGUACCUGUGGGACGAGGAUAUAGAGGAGCCUGUUUCAUACUUAUGGGACACGAGGAGGAGACAUCCUCGCUACGAUGAGAUAACGAGCGCAGAAUGAGAUACAGGGCUGAGCUUCUCGGCUAUGCGGUCCUCACGCUCACCCUGCAAUUUAACGGCCAAGUCCUAGCUCGUGGUGCCACAUGUAAAGACAUAAAUGGGCUGCUUCACGAGACGGGCUAUCACUAUAUUCCUGGACCGGAACCGUGCACACUCUGCGUCUGUGAUAAUGGCAACCCUACCCUGUGCAAAGCAGUCCUCUGCAAGUACAAAAAUCAAGAAUCUUUGCCCAACAAGGACUGCAAGUCCUUUCGCUUCGGAGAUACCUGCUGUGAGUUAAUCUGUCUGGAUGACGCUAUAUCCUCUACGACAAAUGAUAAGGUAGAUGGAAAUGGCACGAGUGUUGUGGACAGCAGUACAAAUUAUGAUUUGGGAUUACGGCUAGUGGCUAGCUGCAUAACUGCUCUCUUAUCUCUUGGGCUCUUGAUAUUUCUGAUUCAUCGCUUGCGACAAAGAAAGAUUAGAGCUGGAAGACAAAACCAUCAGAUAGCUGAUGACCAACGAUCUCUGGGCAGCAUGGGAUACCUAGAUAGGAACAGUGUUCAGCAUGGCAUGCCAAUGGAUGACUUGCCUUGCAACGGCAACUAUCCUCUCUGGAAGCCACCUGGCAACUAUUUCCCUCGUGGUGAAGCUCCACCACCCUACGAAGAAGCAGUGGCUGCUGCAAGGGCCGAGCAAGCUCUGCUUUCUAUAAGUCCUCAUGCACUCUCUCCCUUGAACUUUCCUAAUACCUACCUUACAACCCACAACGCGCAUGCAAACGUCUCUAUUGUUACGAAUAGUCAAAACGGCUUACCUGUCAGUUCUCCCACUCUCUCGACGCAAAAUAACGCGACGAGUUCAUCUCCAUUGAUUCCCACCAGUAACAGACCUUUGAGCAGUCCAGCGGCACAUAAUUGCUAUCAAUUGAAUCAAGCUGAAUCAGCAGCUGCUGCAGACUUCUGCGCUGGCUCUUGUACGACUAGCUUUGCUGGAAGCUCGAAUAAUACUUAUGAGAAUUUACCCACUCCAGUGAGCAGAUCAGCUUUGUCUAAUAGUGUCUCCAAUAUAACUCCCCAACACACCGUAUCUUCAAGCAAUCAACUCUUGUUGCCAAAUACUCAAAGCGCUCCAGUACAAAAUUAUCAGCAGCACACCACUCUUCCACGUCAAGGCGGAGCCUUCACGAUCUCUGCAACACUUCCAAACUCGAAUGGAGCAACGCAUCGUACAAUACCCAGAACUCUAGUGACUAGUGGCAGUUUGCGACUGAGAAGGGAAUAUCCAGUUCACCAGUCGGUCGCUCCAUUAUUCGAUACGCCGUUAGUUCUUCCCAAAAACACGCCUGGUGAUGGAAAUCCGUCGCCCAGAUCUACCAUUCCGUCAACUGUAAUUCCUUCGAGCGUUCCAUCUACUCUAUCAAGCGGUGAUGCUGCAGUACGCACAAACGCGUUCUAUGAUAGUUCUUGUUCUCGAGAUCCCUCACCCUCUACAUCUGCGAAAUCUUCUGAAACCAAGCCGGCAGAAAUACCUCCAACACUAUGUAACUAUAAGCCUCCACUAGCUACGGCAAACGAAGUCAACGAGGAGGGAAGCUUUGAUUCGGUGACUUGUACGUGCAGCGCACAAGCUCUACCACCACUGCACGAUGAUACAGACGACUAUCGCAGCGAAUGUGAAAACUGUAAAAGUGCUACUGGAUCUAGGUAUUAUUUAGACAAUGAGGACGAACUCGUUACAUCGCCUCACGAAACAAUGACGUUGCAAAGAAGACCAGAAGAUGCUGCCUCCAACGUGACUCCUCAAUAUUAUCGAACUUCCCUUACUCUACCAACUAGUACUCGUCAACGUUCAAGAAGUAGCAGUUCUCGUGGAAAUUGGUUCAGUUCAAUGCCAGAAAGCUCGACAGAGUCAUCAGACGGUGAAUAGUGAAGAGUCAUCAGAGAGCCAACAAGAACAAAUUGACGUGCCAAUCGAACAUUUCCACGUAUUAUAAAUAUGUGUUUCCGUGCAUGCGUGAAUGAUAGUGUGGAUCUGCAUAUUUCAAUACGCACAAGAACGAAUUGUUGUGCGUAAUCAAAUCUGCCAAACAAUUUAAAAAGUUACUGUGACAGAUGUCUAUAAUUGUUGUUAAACGAUUAUUUAUAUAAUCAUUACAAACAACCUGUAUUCUUUAUAGUUUGAGAAUAUGCUGCUAACGCGAUAUAACUAGGAUAACACAAAACUAAUUUUCAUAGUAGUUAGUGUUGUCUAACAAAAAAAACAGUAAGGGAACAUUUCUAUACCUGAUUUAUAGCUGUCAAUUACCAAAGCUUGUAAAUAUUUUUAUUUAUCGACUAUAAUUAAUUGAGCAUUCCUAACGAUGUAUACUAACUGACAUUCACAUAAUGCGAGCAAAGAUUAUUAUUGGUUAGUACCACUUCAACUAAAAAAACUUCUAUUGAAAUCGUU